UCUCUCGGUCGAAGGUGGACGCUCCAAAGAAACGAACGGCAACCUUAUUAGUUAAAGAAGAAUUCUUAGAAAUUUUAUGUUUGUAUAAAUAAGAAAUAAAGGAAAAGCCAAAGAAGUUUUUUUUAUUAAAAUAUCUACAAGAAAAAUACAUAUUUAAAAAAAUAAUAAAAUCUGAAAUAGAGCAAAAUGCAAAUAAAAUUUUAAUCGAAAAAGGAUUUUAUGAUUGUGUGUCUCGAAGUUUUCAAAUAAAGUGAGUGCAAGUGUUUUUUUGUUGUAGAACAAUAAAUAAAAAAAAAUCGUCUAAAUGAGGAUGGCAGCCACAGCUGCCGUCUACAAUCGGCUCCACAAUACAAGUGUGGGUGUGGUUGGAGGCGGCCUAAGUUCUGGACAAGCCGGUGGAGGCAGUGGCGGAGGUCUGGGUCACCAUCACCAGCUGGCACGUUCUCUAGAACGCAUAUUAGAGGAGGCCCAUCUCAGUGGAGAACUUAUAUUGACCAAUAGGAAAUUGAAAGAUUUUCCUAAAACUGGCACCAAAUAUAAUCUUAACGACACUGUGAUUGCAGAUUUAUCCCGCAAUCGAUUUUGUGAAUUGCCGGAAGAAAUUACUACAUUUUCUUUUCUGGAAACACUGCUGCUCUAUCACAAUACCAUACGCAGUAUACCGGAAUCGGUGAAACAUUUGACUUCUUUAACAUAUUUAGACUUGCGCAGUAAUCAAUUGUCUUCAUUGCCGCGUGAAUUAUGCUUUCUACCCCUGCAAGUAUUAUUGGUAUCAAAUAAUCGUUUGACAGCGCUACCAGAUGAAUUGGGACGCAUGGAUCGUUUAACCGAUUUGGAUGCUUCAUACAAUCAGCUUACAACAUUACCAGCACGCAUUGGUGAAUUGCGUUCUUUAAGAUCGUUUUCUUUGCGUAGCAAUCAAUUGAUGUAUUUACCUCGAGAAUUAACCUGUCUAACAUUGGUUUCAUUGGAUGUAUCGAAUAAUCGCAUUUCUAGUCUACCUCUUGAAAUUCGUCAAAUGUCAACAUUGGUUGAAAUCAAUCUUGAAAAUAAUCCUAUGACUUCACCCCCAGCUAGUCUCUGCGUUCGUGGUUUGGUGCACGUCUUUAAAUAUUUAGAAACUCAAGCAACCAAAGAAGAAAAAGGCUCUCGAGCUGGAGGAAACUAUGAUGGUUACACAACCUUAAGACGGGCACCGCGUAACAAUUCCAAUGGCAAUGUCUUAGAGACACAUCGUGUUGUUAGACAUCAUGUGGAUUCUGGUUACAGUACUUGUGAUGGUAUUGAUAAACGUUGGUCUCAUGAUAUGCCCCUGAAAUCAAAAAAUGAAUCUCCCAUACGUAUGACACCUACAACACCUCCUUUAACAAAAGCAUCUCUGCUAAAUGCUGAUCUCAUGGAUGCUUCAUUAACAUCGAGUACAAGUACCAUUGUCGAUGAAUCGAUAAGUGUAACAGCUGCUGUUGUGAAACCCUUAAAUAUGGAAAGUCAGUCAAUGAGUGAUUUGAACUGUUCGCCCAUUAAACGAAAAGAUGAAAAUAAUUUAAUGCAUUUACAACAACAACACCUCAAUUAUGUCCAUAAUCAUUCUAGUUCCAGUAGUGGUUCUACACCCGAUUUAGACGAUGGCAUGAUCGAUCACAAUCUACAGCAACAACCAAAUGGCAAAUUAGAUGAUAAAGCAAACAAAAAUUUAGGAAAUAUACAAACUUAUAGGGAAUAUAAAGAGGCUUUAAAACAGCAACGUAGUCAAGAAGUCUACAAAUUAAAAGAACAAAAACAUGUUUAUGAUGCAAAUGAAACCCCCUCUCCACAGCCAAAUGAAGACAUGGAAAUACGCUUGAAUGGUAAUGCGCAAAGCGCACCAGUGCCAAAAUCCAUAAUGAAAAAUAGUGCCAAUAACUCAAAUGCAACAUUAAAUGGUGUUAGUGUCAGUGCUAGUGGUGUGGGCAACAAUGCCGUCGUCAGCAGCAGCAAUGGUGGCAUCGAAGAAACUGUAGUUAUACCAAAGAAACCCAUACAAAAAGUUAUACCCUCCAGAAAUACCGAACUAAUGUCCUCAGCGAAACAUGCUGCAAACGAUGUCCUAUCGACAGUUACAACAAAUGGCGACUGUAUUGGUUAUGUGAAACCGAAUAGUCCUAUGAAAACCCUUAAUGGUGGUAGUGUUGUUAGUGGUGGCAAUGGUCUAACGGGUCUUGGAGUUGGUAUCUUAACGAAUAAUAAUAAAUUUACAACAACAACAAUGACGACAACUACAACAUCAUCGACAGGAGGAGGUAUAAAAUCACCAGUUGGCAAUAAUAGCAACAAAAUAAUAACUGGCAAAGCACAUCGAACUGUUACUUGGAAUCAUGACAUACCACCAGAGAAGUUAAGUUUUACAAUGCGUCGAGAAUUCGAUCGUCAAAGAGAGGAAAUCGAACUUAUGACACAAUUACGCAGUAUUAUUGAAACCCGAUUGAAAAUGACUCUACCUGAUGAUAUAGCAUCCGCUUUAACUGAUGGCGUUAUAUUGUGUCAUUUAGCAAAUUAUGUUCGACCCCGUUCGGUGGCCAGUAUACAUGUACCAUCUCCAGGAGUAUCAAAAUUAACUAUGGCUCGUUGUCGUCGUAAUGUGGAUAAUUUUUUAGAAGCUUGUCGUAAAAUUGGUGUUGAUGAGGAGUUGAUUUGCUCCUGUGCAGACGUCAUACCCCUCUCUGCAACUGAUGCUGAUGGUCAUGAUAAUGAUGAUCUCGUUACAUUAGAGGACUUUAACGACAACAACGAUCAACUGUAUCGCAACAAUAACAAUUGUACAGAUGCAGAGACUGAUAAUCACGAAGAACAAAAGCGACAACAGCAACGCAAAAUAUUGCCAAAUCCAUCGGCCGUUUUGAAAACUGUGGCUGCAUUAAUAGCAAUGGACAGUAAUCCGCAACAUCAGAAUAUAAAAAACUUGCAACAGCAACAUGAAUUUAAAAUGAAAUUACAAGAGUUUCAAAAUCAACACCAACAAGUGCCACAACAUUGUGUGGAGGAUAAGAAACACUACUUUUAUAUAAAUAAAAAACCAGACUUGAGCAAACAACGUCAUUGCAUGCUGCUUGAAAAUAAUGAUUCACUGCUAGAAGAGGAUGAAGAGGAGAGUGGUGAUAGAGAACUACAGGAAUUGAUGAAAGAAGAGCAAAACCAAUUAACUGCAACCUGCACCAAAGAACAGAUGAUGAUGGAAUUUCAAAAUUCCAAUUAUGAUAAAUUUGAUCAUUAUGAUAAUAAUUUAAAUAGUGAUGGUGGUGGUGAUGACUGUUAUGGCAAUGGUCAUCAAAUAGACAACUGUUACAGCAGCAGCAAAAAUGGUCACAAUAAUGCCAGCAGCUGCAGCAAUGAAAGAAAGCAACAAGAAAAACAUGUUGGCUCUUCUUCCUCUUCUACAACCACAUUAAGUGUUGGAAAUUUAUAUCGUCAUUGUAAAUUGAAAACAUUUCAAAAAAUCAAAUUAAAUUUGAUUACACAUCAUGGUAAUAGUGGUGGUAGUGGUGGUAGUAAUCAUUGCUCCUCCUCCUCCUCUUCUUUAUUGUCAUCCUCAAUGGAUGGCAACAUGUUACAGACAAUUGUUGAGACAGAUAAUGAUGUAAUUAGUGGCAAUACAACAUCAUCAACUACCGGUUUAUAUCAAAUUAUCGAUGAGAAAUAUAAAAUCAAAGAAACUGAACUAUCGCUUAAGGUGAUUAACAACCAAUCCUCUAAUAAUAAUACUUCUUCAAUCACAUCUGCAGUCGGUGCAAGUAAUAUGAAACAUAAAUUAUUCGAUUUGUCUGGCAUGGAAAAGUCAUGUGAAAAAUCAUCAACAACUUUGUCAUCUGCAACAUCGACACAGCCCACUGAUGCAAUAGCAGCAGCUGCAACCAUCAACAAUACAGUGUCGAAACGUAUCGAGUUCUUUGAACACGCCAAUAUACCAAAUGGUGGCAUAAUUAAACCCAAAUCAAACAUAUACAGUAUUUAUCGUGUUAACGACAAUAUGGCCAUCGAAGAUGAGAAACUUGUGAAGAAUGUUGUUAAAUUAAAAGAAGCUGGAUCUUCAAAAUCAACGGCAGCAACAUCAUUCCUAUUAAGACACGAUUCUCAUACUCUAACAAUUAUACUGUCGUGUGUUUUUAUUGUGACAUUUUUGCUGUUGAAUCUAAUAUGCUGUGCUGCAGAUGUACUGGAGGGUAAAGGUGUUGUUCAAGUUGCCAUAACGGUGGGUGAACUCUUUCGUAUUCAUGGUAAUGGUGCUAAUAUACAAAAUACUAGUAAAUCACCUACCCGAGCCACACGAGCUACUCUAACGCCAUCACCUAUAGUUUAAAUAAAAUGCCAAAGAGAUGACCAAGU